CUUUUCCUUCUUUUCUUUCUCUCUUUCUUCUAUUCCUCUUUCUUUAAUCUCUUCUCACCACCCCACUAAUUCUCCUACUCUUCAUAUCUCUUACUCUACUAUCUUUUUAUUACGUAACGACAGUAACGUUUAAUAAGCACGGCAAUGGAUGCCUAUCAAAAGAUUGAAAAGAUCGGCGAGGGUACUUAUGGGAUCGUCUACAAAGCAACUGAAAAGGCGACAGGUCGGCUAGUGGCCUUAAAAAAGAUCCGUCUCGAAAACGAAGAUGAAGGAGUCCCGAGUACUGCAGUCAGGGAAAUAUCUUUACUAAAGGAAUUGAGGCAUGAUCACGUCGUCCAACUCCUUGAUAUUAUUCAUGAUGAGAACCGAUUAUAUCUUGUUUUCGAGUUCUUGGAUCUCGACCUAAAGAAAUAUAUGGAUACACUCCCUACUACCACCGUCCCGGGGCUGCCACUUGAUCAGGUCAAGGAGUAUUUAUACCAGCUUAUCAGGGGUGUUGAAUACUGCCAUGCUCGUCGUGUCCUUCACCGCGAUCUCAAGCCACAAAAUCUUUUAAUUGAUGGGUCGAGGGGUCUUAAACUUGCAGAUUUUGGCCUUGCAAGAGCCUUCAGUAUACCAUUGAGGCCGUACACACACGAAGUAGUGACACUAUGGUACAGAGCACCAGAGAUCCUUAUGGGGGCACGGCAUUAUUCAACAGCAGUGGACAUGUGGAGCGUCGGUUGCAUCUUUGCAGAAAUGGUUUUGAAAAAGCCGCUUUUUCCGGGUGACUCGGAAAUUGAUGAACUAUUCAGGAUAUUUAGGCUGCGUGGGACACCUACCGAAGAAAUAUGGCCUGGGAUUAGCCAAUUGAAAGACUGGACAUCUUCAUUCCCACACUGGCACCGACAACCACUCGAAAAAGCGCUACCUACACUCUGCCCUGAUGGGAUUGAUCUGCUAGGGCGGAUGAUUGAAUAUGAUCCUGCUAGGAGGAUUUCUGCAAAGCGAGCGUUAUUACAUCCUUAUUUUGACGGUAUCAGACGCCCACAACAACACAGAAUGGCCAUUCGAUCUCGUUAAGGCACCUGAAAUUGCAAUUGAGUAGUUGUUGUCUGGAAGUUCAGAGG